GUGGCUCAUUGUAUUUCCUGUUCAGUACAAAAGUUAACUGCAUGACCAAGUUGGUCAAAACAGAUCCGAGACAGGAUGGAUCUAAUCCUGUGGCUGAGACUCUUGCGAAGUGGAAAGCAUAUAACGACCAUCUGGAUUCGUGCAACGAUGAAAGUAAACCAAUUCGUAGAGUACCAGCCAAGGGAUCAAAGAAGGGAUGCAUGAAGGGUAAAGGCGGGCCUGAGAACUCUCGUUGUAACUACAGAGGUGUUAGGCAGAGGACAUGGGGCAAGUGGGUUGCAGAAAUUCGGGCACCAAACAGGGGCAGUAGGCUCUGGCUGGGUACUUUCCCAACUGCAAUUGAAGCUGCACUUGCUUAUGAUGAAGCUGCAAGGGCCAUGUAUGGUUCUGCUGCGCGCCUUAACUUUCCUAAUAUAUCAAUUUCCAGUUUGUCAAAGGAUCCUUCUUCUAGGGCAACUCUUUCAGCGCCUUCCUUGUUAGCAACCUCUGCAGGUUCAGAAUCCUCAGGAAGAUCAGACCACUCGGAGGAGUGUGCUGCUCAGGGAAAGGUGAAUUAUCUUUCCCCUAAUGUAGAGAAUGAGGAUACGACGACGAAUCAAGAUCAAACGAAUGAGGAUGGAGAAGAUGAAUGAAGAGUCAGUCUCUGACCUUCUCGGGCAUUAUGAUGUACAUUUUUAGUAUACAUACUUGGGUUGGGUGAUGGUGGAGGGUGGAUUUUCAUAUUGUACGUGGGAGAUGACAGGAAUUUUGAUAACUGUAAUUGGGAGACAAGCAAUUUUUAAAUUUUUAGUUUCAAUUCU